GCAGUCUUUGUAAAAAGCCUGUGCAGAGACCUGGGAGACGAUUACAACCAAGCAGAGUGGCAGCCGGUUUUUUACCUGCAUCGAGACCAAUUGUUUUGAUCACCUGUCUUCAAGAUAAUCAAAAAUAAAGAGAAGAAGAAAAAGGGAAUCUUGUCGGUCUUUGAGUAGAACCCAGCUGUUUAAAUCUGCGUGAUCUCUUCCGAUCCUUUCAAGUGAGGAAGCUGCACAAAUUAAAGGCACAACUUGACAGUAAAAAACCGGCUGUGGAUUGCUCACACCUUAAAACCCUGUGUCCCAAAGAUGGCAGAUCAAACUGCUGGGAAAUCUAUUGAGCAGUUAAAGGUGGAGAGAACCACAGCAAAGAGGUCAUUCUCUCGUCUUGUCAACAGCAUAAAGCGAAAUCAUAUGGACAUGUCAGAAGAGGAACUUAAGGACAGUUUCAACAAACUUGGCUUGGAUGCUGAAAAAGUUAUGACUGCAAAUGAUGAUUUGGAGUCUGGCAUCAUUGCUCAACUAGAGGCAGAGAAGGGCUCAGAGCUGGGCAACGAUGAGGCUGUAGUACCUGAACACCAACAAGCGGACCUUGAAAACACUGUAAGUGAGUGUGAAGGGAGAUUAAAAGAAGUCAAAAGCUUAAUCCAAAACACUCUGUGGAGCAGCUUUGGGGAAGCUGAAGUGUCAAUGGCAAUCCAGAUAGCAGAGACUGAAUGUGAGCGUGCUGCUGCUUUCCGACCAGAUGUAGAAAAGGAAGCAUACAUCUUUAUCCUCAACCAUCUUAAAGAGCUUGUAAACACUGCGAAAGAGGUUCAUAGCCGGUGGAAAAGAUGGAUUCCUCAAGAUGCUCAGAAGGUUAUUCAGGACAAGCUGAGGGGGAUUGACUGCUAUGUUCCCAGGUUAGUUUCUAGGACCGCUGAGUUUAUACAAACAAAGAUAAAAAUGGAUGAUCAAAGACAAACCGAAAUAGGGAUUUAUUCUAAUUAUCCACUGCCAGCUAUUAAAUUAAAACCAACAGCUCUCCCAAGGUUUAGUGGAAAUAAACGGGAUUUCUUUAGAUGGAAAAGUGAUUGGGAGGCUCUCCAAAAACAAGGAGAACCAACUGGUUCAGCAGGGGUCAAGAAAGUCCAGCUACUUGAUAGUCUUGAGGAAAAACUGAUAAAAGAUCUUCGCCUUACGUCCUACAACACCGCGGAUGACAUUUUCCGUGUUCUUGAGAACCGAUAUGGGAACCGGACUGUCAUUGCCAUUGAAAUAGUGGAAGAGCUGCAAAGUGUCCCGGCUGUCAGGGGUAAUCAGCCAAGAAGGAUUGUAGAAUUAAUCCAGGUUGUGGAGAAAGCCCUAAAAGACCUGAGUGAUCUAGGAGACACUGGCGCCAUCAAGAACCCUCUCGUAACCAGGUCAAUUGAGAGCAAGCUUCCGGAGACCCUCAAAAAGGAGUGGCUUGUGUAUGCAGCAGACAAGAGAAAUUCUGUGACACCAGAGAGCAGGUUUGACAACCUGUUGGCGUUUCUAAAAGAGCAAGAGAGCAUUUAUGAGCAGCUUGCUUAUUUGAGGGAGGAGGAGCCAAGCAGGAGGGAAACCAGAAUGGAACCGAGGUAUGCCAGAACCAAGACAGUUAAAGGAAGCAGUGAGUAUACAGGCUGCAUUGUCUGCGGCGACACAAAGCACAGAAAAAGGCUUUACUUUUGUAAGCAGUUCCGGACGUUAACGAUUUCUGAGAGGAAUGCGGCUGUAAGAAAGCUGGGAGCAUGCAGGAAAUGUCUAGAGGUUCAUGAUGAGGACUCUUGUUGUAAAUCUGGGUUUUUGUGCAGGAAUCAGAGCUGCAGGGGUGGAGGCUAUCCUGAGCAUCAUUACCAUCUGUGUCCAAAUGCUGAAGGAAAGAAAAUCAAUGCUGCUCAGAGGAGAAGCAAAGUUGGUCCAGAGGAAAAUAAGGGUGCCAGAACCGAAGAUCAGGAGGAUUUCCUUAAGAAACUGUCACCUGAACUAGCAAAGCAGUUGGGCUGCAAGAACUUCCAGUCCUAA